AAUAUUGUCUGUUUAUUGUGAAAUUAACGUUGAUGUCGAAUUAAAUUUUACUGUUUUUUGUGCAUUUAAGAUAAAUUUUGUUUUGUAACAUUUGAUUGUUGGGACAAUGUCAGACGCAGAGGAAUCCGAAAAACCCUUUCACAUCGAGAAAGCUAAGACCGGUCGGGCUUCGUGUAAACGGUGCAAAAAUAAAUGCGAAAAUAAUGAAAUCAGGAUUGCUAAAAUGGUAUCAAAUGCCUUCGGUUCCGGUCUGAUGAAGCAAUGGUACCAUAUCGACUGUCUGUUGGAUAGUUUCAAAACCCAGAGGGCUACGACAAAGACUAUUGAAACAAUUGAUGAUAUAAGUGGUUGGGAAACUAUCGGCGAUUUAGAUAAGGAUUUAAUAAUGGAGAAACUUGAACAACUUCCGAAAUUCAAUAAAAAUAGUGGAGCAUCGAUUGCUGCAGGCACUAGCAAUAAAUCUGAUAAAGAUGCAAAAUGGACUGGCAAGAAUUUUCGAGAAAACAGCGAGGAUAACAAGUUCGAGGAAUUCUGCAAAAUAUGCGACAAACUUGCUAAAGAAAGCAGCUACUUGGAGAAGACCGCAACGUUGAAUCGAUUUUUCAUGAAAGGCUCCAAUGGCAAACAAUUCGAAGGCAAUUUAUUUUUGUGGAUCAAAAUGUUGCUGCCAACGGCCGACAAGCAAAUCUACAAUCUUCAAAGCAAGCAGCUAAUUAAAUUAUUUUCGAAAUUGUUUAAUGUUAAUCAAUCCGACAUGGCAGCCCAUCUUGAGAGAGGCGAUGUAUCCGAAAGUAUACGAGUGUAUUUUGAAAAAUCGAAAACCAUCCGACCUGCCAAUAAAAGUUCUUUGACUAUGAAUGAUGUGGAUGAAUUUUUAAACAAAUUAUCGAAAUUGUCAAAGGAAGACGAGCAAAUUGAGCAUUUUCAAAAAAUUGCAGGACGCUGUACAUCAAAUGAUUUGAAAAUGAUUAUUCGAUUCAUUAAGCACGAUAUUCGCAUUAAUGCUGGACCGAAGAACAUUCUUGCCGCUUUAAGUAAAGAUGCAUAUCCAUCGUAUCAGACCAGUCAGAAUUUGAAGCAAGUGAUACAGAAAUAUGGCGACAAUAUCUGUGACGUGAAAAUGCAUCCAAAAGCUGCGAAAAUCGAUAAGAAUACGGUGCAGCUAAUGUGUCCCAUAAGUCCAAUGUUAGCUGAGGCAUGCAAGUCUGUGGAAAAAGCAAUUGAAAAAUGCCCGGCAGGUAUAUACAGCGAAAUAAAAUACGAUGGUGAACGUUUACAGCUGCACAAAAAGGGAAAUGAAUUUAAAUUUUUUUCAAGGAACUUGAAACCGGUUUUGGAACACAAAACGAAGAGACUUGAAGAGUUUAUACCUCAGGCAUUCCCCAAUGCAGACGACUUAAUUUUGGAUUCAGAAAUUAUUGUAGUUGACACAACGAGUGGAGAGCUAUUACCCUUUGGGACACUUGGGAAACACAAGAAAACUGAAUACCAAACAGCCGAGGUUUGCUUGUUUGUUUUCGACUGUUUGCUGUAUAACGGCGAGGAUUGUACCAAAAAGACGAUGCAGGAGCGGCGAAAAAUUCUCGAGAAAAAUAUGCGUCCCAUUAAAAAUCAUGUUCAACUAUCUGAGUAUCAUUUGAUUAAAACGUCAAAGGAAUUGAGUUUGAUGAUUGCAAAAGUCCUGCAAAAAGGUCUGGAAGGUCUUGUGUUGAAAAACGUGGACGGCAUCUAUGAGCCCGGAAAGCGACAUUGGCUGAAAAUCAAGAAAGACUACUUGUUCGAUGGUAAAAUGGCUGAUUCGGCGGAUUUGGUAGUGAUAGGUGCAUGGUUUGGUACGGGCAAAAAAGGUGGUAUGCUGAGCAUUUUCUUGAUGGGUUGCUUUGACGAAACGCGAAACGUAUGGAAAACGGUUACCAAAGUUCAUACCGGUCUGGAUGAUGCAGCUAUGGAAAAGCUUCAGAAAACAUUGAAUCCACUAAUGAAUCGCUCUGAUCCGGAUAAACGUCCGAAAUGGCUUAGCUGUAAAAAUGCACUCAUUCCAGACAUGCUAGCAAUUGAUCCCUUCAAAAUGCCAGUAUUUGAAAUCACUGGAGCCGAAUUCAGCAAAUCAGAUGCUCACACAGCGGAUGGCAUAUCGAUCAGAUUUCCUCGCAUUACGAAACAGCGUAGUGAUAAGUCAGCUUCUGAUGCAACGAGUCUAGAAGAGCUAAAGCAUUUGUUUGAAGCAUCAAAGGACGGUCAAAAUUUGCACAUGUUAACGGAUGGAUUAGAUGACGAUGACAUUGACAUUAAGACAACAUUGCAAGGCAGCAGCCCAAAGAAACAGAAACACGAGGACAGUCCAAAGAAACGAAAACAAGAAAACAGUCCAAAGGAACAGGAACAAGAGGAUGAUGACAUCGACAUGAAACCAACCUUGCAAAGUAACAACCCAAAGACCCGGAAACAAAAGGACAUCCUAAAGAAGCCGAAACAAGAUGAUAGCCCAAAGAUAUCGAAAGAAGAGGACCGCCGAAAGAAACGGAAACAAGGUGACGAUGACAUCGACAAUAAAACAACCGCGCAGGGCAACAGCCCAAAGAAACGGAAACAGGAGAAUGUCAAAUCUGAAAAUGCAAAGAAAGUCAAAUCUGAACAGAGUGAUAGGUUGACGGGCAAGGAUAGUGAUGGCCGUAAUAACGAAUAUAUUUUUAAAGAUAUUGUCCUGUACGUAUGUGAUGAUGUCCGUGCACUGUGCCCAGAGGAACUAAGAUACUUCAAAAAGUGGUGGGGAGACGAGACCACCAAUGCCAAAGAAUGUACCCAUGCCUUGCAUAAGUCGGAUUCAACCGAAGAAACCCUCCAAAGUGCCAGGAAAAAAUUCAACCCACGUUGUCGCCACAUGAACUAUCGCUGGUUGGUGGACUCCAUUCAGGAACGGAAACUCUUGGACAUAAUGGUGUACCCAGUUACCAUUUAAAUUAUUUUUAUUUUAUUUUAUUCGUGUAUGAUCAUUGUAAAAUCUAAAAUCCAAUUUUCUUUUUCUAAUAAAUAUUUUACGUCGAAACUAAA